AAUCCAACUGUUAAUGCUACUUCGAUAACGAUAACAUCAAGCGAUCUGAGUAAGAGGCUGCCGGAAUCGGAAGAAUCAUUGAAUCCAGUAACAUCGAUCAAUGGCAAUUCUCUUCAGCAACUUCACCUUUCCAGUAUUCCAUUCCUCUUCAUCAUCACUCUCUCCUUUUCUCUUUUCAAAGAAGAUCUCAAAGCCUCCGUCAUUUUUGAUAGUACGAUCUAUCUCGACUUCCGAUCAAGAUGGAGAAGAAGGAAAGAAUCUGGAAAAUAAUAAGAAACUAUCGAAACAGUCGUCGUGGGAAACUAAGGACUCGGAAGGGAAUGAUUAUCUUUACAGGCUCGGAAAAGAGGCUGAUAACAUGAAUAUCGCUGUUGGAGCAAAGGCAGGCGUAAUUGACGAUCUUUUCACGGGAAAUUUCCUCGGAAGAGACUCGGAUAUUGUCUUUGAUUAUCGUCAGAAAGUGACCAAGUCAUUCGAGUAUCUUAAGGGAGAUUACUACAUUGCACCUGCUUUCUUGGAUAAAGUGGCCUGCCACAUUGUGAAGAACAACAUUUCUCACCUUAUAAAUGCCAAAGUUCCUCUUAUUCUAGGGAUUUGGGGAGGCAAGGGACAGGGAAAAUCAUUUCAAACAGAACUGAUCUUCCAGGCAAUGGGAGUUGAACCAGUAAUAAUGUCUGCUGGAGAACUGGAAUCAGAAAGAGCUGGGGAACCGGGAAAGUUGAUACGUGAACGGUACAGAACUGCUUCGCAAGUUGUUCAGAACCAUGGAAAGCUAAGCUGCCUUAUGAUAAAUGAUAUUGAUGCUGGCCUUGGUAGAUUUGGGAACACUCAAAUGACUGUCAACAAUCAAAUUGUUGUUGGGACACUGAUGAACUUGUCAGAUAAUCCUACAAGAGUUAGUGUUGGUCAAGACUGGAGAGAGUCGGACAUUACUCACAGAAUUCCUAUUAUUGUUACGGGAAAUGAUCUCUCAACAAUAUAUGCGCCUCUGAUUCGUGAUGGAAGGAUGGAGAAGUUUUACUGGCAACCUACAAGGGAAGAUAUUAUUAGUAUUGUCUAUAGGAUGUAUGAGAAAGAUGGCAUGUCAAGAGAUGAUGUUAUGAGCAUAGUAGACAAGUUUCCUAAUCAGGCCCUGGACUUUUAUGGUGCUCUUAGAUCACGAACAUAUGAUCGAUCAGUCUCUAAGUGGGUUGAUGAUAUUGGUGGUCCCGAAAAUCUCCAAAAUGCACUUCUCAAACGCGGCAAAAAGAAUGCCGAACUUCCCUUAUUUGUUCCACCUAAGCAAACGAUGGAGGCUUUACUCGAAUCAGGAUAUUCCCUUAUCAAAGAGCAAAAGUUGGUAAUGGAGACUAAACUCUCAAAGGAGUACAUGAAGAAUAUGGAUGAGUAAUAGUUUUUGCACUCCCCUGAGGUAAGUCUUACUACGGCCACUACUCUAUUUUUUGGUACAUAAAUGGGGUGGAUGGGGUUUGAGAAAAAAGAAUAGAAAAACAAAGAAUUGUGAUAGUGAUAGUUGAUUUGCAUAUAACAUCUUUUUCAUGUCUCUGAAAAUAGAGAAUGAAAAGAAAUGACAUGUCUUCUCCUGCUCAU